AUGGAGACCGACGCACCAAAUGACGGUGACGUGCUACUGGAGUUUCGAGCUGGGAGGAUGACUGUCAGCGGCAGCACCGUGAAACCCGACCCUCGCAAGGGCCUGUUCCGACUAAUCAGGACGGAGGACCUACUGCUGCAUCUGCAGUGGCUGGAUCGCACCACCCAAGCUGUUGAGGAGGACAUGGUGGUGUUUCCAGAUGAAGCUAAAUUUGAAAAGGUGGCUCAGUCCAGUGGGCGAGUGUACGUGCUCUCCUUCAAUGAAGACGACCGCAAGCUCUUCUUCUGGAUGCAGGAGCCCAAGGCACACAAUGACGAGCACCAUUGCUCCGAAGUCAACCGGAUACUGAAUGAAGCUUGGCUAUUGGAGGAGGACGAUAGAGUGCUGGAUGCAGCAAUGAUGGACUCUGAAGCCGAUGCUUUCGCGGAGAACGAGGAGGGUCAUUUGGGGGAGGCGGAUAUGCAUGAUGACGGGGACAGCCACCAGAUUCUGGCGCCUGUACCUUCAGCAACACAGCAGCCCAGACCAGCUGGCAAAAGUGGUGCCGUGCCAGCCGGGUCACAAGGGGCGUCCGGUCUUGGUGAGCUGAGAGGCAAUGCGGGAGGAGGCGGAUCAGCAGCAGGUGGAACUCUGGGUGUCGGUGGCGCUGGCAGUGCUGCUGGUGCUCCUCCUCCUCCUGCUGCUGCUGCUGCUGCUGCUGCUGCUGCUACUGCUCCUGGUGCUGCUUCUGCUGGUGCUGGUGCUGGUGGAAGAGUUGGGGGACCGGUGCAGUUGGCGCAGCUGCAAAGCAUUCUGGCGGGUCUAGGCCAAAUACAAGUGCCGCAACACUUGCGAGCUAGGAGCAUGAAGCUCACGGACAUUCUCAAGCCUGAGGUUAUGAUGAGCACUCUCAGUGAUGGCACAGUACAGCAGAGACUGGCCGAGUUCCUCCCACCUGAACUGAGGAAACCAGAAGAUAUGCGGCAAUUGGUGCUGAGCCCGCAGUUUCAACAGCAGCUGGAAGCGUUUUCUGAGGUGUUGCUUGCUGGGAAGAUUGACCUCUUGCAGUUUGGCAUCGAUGUGAACAAGU